AUGGUUGAUAACAAUAGUAGCGAGUCACUGAAUGCUUGGAUUGAUGACUAUAGAUACCUUCCUGUUAUUAGAAUGUUUGAUGGGAUUAGGAUUAAAAUGAUGGGCAAGUGGGCUAAGAAUGAGAACAUUAUUAGAAACUGGAAGAAUGAUCAUAGUCCUAAGUGCUUAGAAUUGUUUGAGGCUAAUAGGUACCUAGCUUCCCAGUGUAGAGUGCAUUUUAGUGGAGAUGAGGGUUAUGAGGUUAGUGAGGGACAAGACAGACACACAGUUUACUUGGCAAGGAACGUGUGCACGUGUAGGGCAUGGGAUUUAAUAGGAAUCCCAUGCCAACAUGCAAGUUGUGCCAUGUGA